AUGGCUCUGCACAAAAAGGGUGUUCCCUUUACACUCUACGAGGACGCCAGGGAGUUCUCAGCCGUAGGUGCUGGAAUAGGCUUCGCGCCAAACGGCAUGCGAACUAUGGAUCUGAUCGAGCCCGCAUUCCGCCCCUUGUAUGAAAGGAUUUGCGUAGGCAACAAGGGCGCCCAAAACCAAGACAUCUUUUUCGAGGGACUGCUGCUUAGCGAAGGUCUGGGAAAGGACCAGCCAUGGUACGGCAAGUCUGCGUGGGGCCAUCCUGACUUUGACCGCAAAUCUGCACAUCGCAAGGCGCUGCUUGAUAUCAUGACCAGCUUCAUUCCACGGGAAAAUGUCAAAUUCAGCAAGCGCCUGGUGCAUAUCGAACAGCAACCGUCCAAGGUUGUCCUUACAUUCGCCGAUGGUCAAGUCGCAGAAGCCAGCGUCCUUGCCGGUGCCGACGGCAUCAAGAGUACAGUCCGAGAGCAUGUCCUGAAGCCUCAUUUUCCUGAGCAAGUAGCUCCAGUCUAUGCUGAUGCGUAUUGCUACCGUGCUGUCAUUCCAAUGGCAGAGGCCGAAGCUAUUCUUGGAGAUUUGACCGACGUCGCCAAGUUUUACUUUGGCCAUAACCGCAGCGCCGAGUUCAACUACCUUCUGUGUGUAGCAGAUAAGCAAGGCUGGAAGCUGGAUAAUGCAGUGACAGAGAAGGUCUCACAUGAAGCCAUGAUGGCCGAUUUCGAGGGACCAGACAUUGAUGACCGCUUUCGCCAGCUUUUGACCAAGGCCAAUCCCAUCCGAUGGGGCUUUUUUCAUCACUGGCGGACUUCAACAUAUUUCCGCGGCCGCGUGGCUAUUCUAGGCGAUGCUGCCCAUGCAUCCUUGCCAUUCCAGGCAGCGGGCGCUGCUCAAGGUCUCGAGGAUGCUCUUGUUCUUUCAAAGAUAUUGGCAGACAUUGCUGCAAGAUCAAGACAACAAGUCAAUAUUGAUGCCAGAAUUUCCGCAGGUCUUAGUGCAUAUGACUCGGUACGACGGCCACGUGCUCAGAAGCAGUUGGAGCAGGCAGCUGAGGUUGCGCGCAUGAUCUUCUUCCAACACGAAGAAGCAGGCGACGACAUGAACAAGAUCUUGCCCCGUCUUCAGCAGGGUCGAUUCAACUGGCUGUGGUUUCACGAUAUGCAACAAGACGUAGAAACAGCGUUGUCGAGCAUGCGAAAUGGCGAUUUCGAGUCUGCGUUAUUAAGGGCUGCCAUGUAA